CUGGCUGCUUCAAACAAUUCGUAAACAACCAAAAGCACGUGCGUUUCCAGUACGAUCGAGCCCCACACGCCAGGUGGAUCGUAAAACUAGCCGCUAAAAAGCCCCAAUACAGUACGAAAAUGGUCGUCUUUAUUUGCAACAAGUGUGGAGAGUCGCUGAAAAAGCAGGUCGUGGGUGCGCACGCCAGCCGGUGCAAGGGCAUCAAUGUGUCGUGCAUGGAUUGCCAGAAGGAUUUCACCGCCACCACGUACAACGAGCACACGAGCUGCAUCAGCGAGGCGGAAAAGUACUCCGCCAAAGGGUUCGUUCCGAAGGUGCAGAAGGGCGCCAAAAAGCAAGAGAGCUGGGUCGUAAUGGUGCGCUCUAUCGCGCAAAAACACAAAAAUAUGUCUGCGGGUGUGAGGAGCGUGUUUAACUUCAUCGAGCGCACGGACAACAUACCGCGCAAGCAGAAAGGUUUUCUGAACUUCUUCCAAAACUCUUGCCGCAUCGUUUCCCGGCAGGAAGUGGAAGCGGCAUGGGCACUGAUAGAGAAGGAGAUGAAGGCCGAAAAGGAGAAGGAAGCUGACGGUGCGCAGAACGCAACAGACGCGCCAAAGCAGAAUGGAACGGCAGCCACCGCUGAUGCCGGUGAGGUUCAAAAUGGAAAACCACAGAAGCGCAAGACAACGGAAGAGGUCGUCGAAUCGGGAGAACCGGAGCAGAAGAAACAGAAGAAAAAGAAGGCAAAGAAAGAGAAGGCUCAGAAUGGUAACGAGGUGGAGGUACCAGCGGAGAAUGGUACAGCCGACGGCGAGCCUGCGAUGAACGGAACGCCCCAGAAGCGCAAGGCCGAAGCGGUCGAAUCGAGCGAACCGACGGAACAGAGCAAAAAGAAGAAGAAGAAGGGAAAGAAGGACAAGAACCAAGAGGCAGAGGUACCUACGGAGAAUGGUACAUCAGCUGAUGGUGACAACGCACCGGCGGAGGAGGCCGAAUCAACGGAACAGAAAAAGGAGAAGAAAAAGAAGGCAAAAAAAGAAAAGGCGCAAAAUGGUAAUGUGGUAGAGGCGGAGGAGGAAAAAGAGGUGACCCAAUCGGUCACUAAGCAGAAGAAGCAGAAAACGCCAGAUGCAGUCGAAAACGUCCAGACCAGCCAAGAGUCCCAACCUGCCGCCAAGCAGAAGAAACAGAAAAAAUCAAAAGUGUGAUAAUUUUGCACUAAGAGGAUCAUUAAAAUCGGUUAACAACCACAAUGUGCAAACUGAAGAGGGAGACGACGGUUCCAACUGGCGUAAUAGAAAGUUCGAGAAAAACGUGUCCACAGCUGGAUUAGUGGUAACAAAA